CGCUCAGCACGCGGAGCUGGAGAACUGAGAAGUCGGUUUUGUUCUGCUUCUCAAAGACAAAUGUCUGGCUUGGAAGCAUAACUCGCCCCGCCCUUUGGAUUCCUGCUCGGUUCUCUUCUGGCACCUUGGGAUCCGUUGUGACCAUGCUGUGAUGAGCGCCCAGGGAGGGACAGAUUGCCUGCACCACCCGGGUCUCCCUGCGUCCUGGACAUGACUGAGCUUCUUCAGUGGGCCAGACAUCACUGGCAUCGGCUGAUGAAUGGGAGAACCCAGGAUGAAGAUGAGAGGCCGUACAACUAUUCCUCGCUGCUUGUCUGUGGGGGCAAGUCCUCCCAGACCCCCAAACCUGCAGGAAAGCACCGCAUUGUCAUACCUCACCUUCAGUGCUUCAAAGAUGACUAUGAAAGGUUUUCCGGAACCUACAUGAAUAACCGAAUACGGACAACCAAGUAUACACUUCUCAAUUUUGUGCCAAGAAACUUAUUUGAGCAGUUUCACAGGGCUGCCAAUUUAUACUUCCUGUUUCUUGUGGUCCUGAACUGGGUGCCUUUGGUAGAAGCCUUCCAAAAGGAAAUCACGAUGCUGCCACUGGUGGUGGUGCUAACAAUUAUUGCAAUUAAAGACGGCUUGGAAGACUACCGAAAAUACAAAAUCGACAAGCAGGUCAACAAUUUAAUAACCAAAGUUUACAGUAGGAAAGAAAAAAAGUACAUUGACUGUUGCUGGAAAAACGUCACCGUGGGGGACUUCAUUCGCCUCUCGUGCAACGAGAUCAUCCCUGCAGACAUGGUCUUACUCUUCUCCACAGACCCUGAUGGCAUCUGUCACAUCGAGACUUCUGGCCUUGAUGGAGAGAGCAAUUUAAAGCAGAGGCAGGUGGUGCGUGGGUAUGCAGAGCAGGACUCUGAAGUUGAUCCUGAGAAGUUUUCCAGUAGGAUAGAAUGUGAAAGUCCAAACAAUGACCUCAGCAGAUUCCGAGGCUUUCUGGAACACUCCAACAAAGAACGCGUGGGUCUCAGCAAAGAGAACUUACUGCUAAGGGGAUGCACCAUUCGAAACACGGAGGCUGUUGUGGGCAUCGUGGUCUAUGCAGGUCAUGAGACCAAAGCGAUGCUGAACAACAGUGGACCACGGUACAAGCGCAGUAAAUUAGAGAGAAGAGCGAAUACAGAUGUCCUCUGGUGUGUCCUGCUUCUGGUCGUAAUGUGUUUAACUGGUGCGAUUGGUCAUGGAAUAUGGCUGAGCAGGUAUGAAAACAUGCUAUUUUUUAACAUCCCUGAGCCGGAUGGACGUGUCUUAUCACCUGUGUUGACUGGAUUCUACGUGUUUUGGACCAUGAUUAUCUUGUUGCAGGUCUUGAUUCCCAUUUCUCUCUAUGUGUCCAUUGAAAUCGUGAAGCUUGGACAGAUCUAUUUUAUUCAAAGCGAUGUAGACUUCUACAAUGAGAAAAUGGAUUCUACUAUUCAGUGUCGAGCUCUGAACAUCACCGAAGAUCUUGGACAGAUCCAAUACCUCUUUUCUGAUAAGACAGGAACUCUCACUGAGAAUAAGAUGGUUUUUCGAAGAUGUAGUGUAGCAGGAUUUGACUACUGCCAUGAAGAAAAUGCCAAGAGGCUCGAGUCCUACCAGGAAGCUGUCUUUGAAGAGGAUGAAUGCACAGACACUCUCGGUGGCUCCCUCAGCAACAUGGCUAAACCCAGAGCAUACAGCUGCAGGACGGUUCACAGGGGCCCUUUGGGAAGCAAGCACUCAACUCAUCUCUCUGGGAGCACUACUGCCUUAGGAAAUGGAGAAGGAUCUGAGGAAGUGCCUCAUUCCAGACAGGCUGCAUUCAGUAGCCCCAUUGAAACAGACGUGGUACCAGAUACCAGACUUUUGGACAAGUUUAGCCAGAUUACCCCUCAGCUCUUUGCCCCGCUGGAUGGGACCAUGCAGAGUCCACCCCUGGAGAUUUUGUACAUCAUGGAUUUCUUCAUUGCACUGGCAAUUUGCAACACGGUGGUGGUUUCUGCUCCUAACCAGCCUCGGCAAAAGAUUGGGCUCUCCUCACUGAGUGGAAUGCCCAUCAAGUCCUUGGAAGAGAUUAAAAACAUCUUCCAGAAAUUGUCGGUCCGGAGAUCAAGUUCACCGUCUCUUGCCUGUGGGAAGGACCCGACUUCUGGGACUCCUUCUGCCUUUGUGAGCAGAAUCUCUUUCUUUAGUCGAACAAAACUGUCACCUCCUAUGGAGGACGAGUCUUCCCAGAUGGGUGAAAGCCCCCAGGCCAGUAACUCAGCUUGCUGUACAGAAACCGAGGCACAAAACAGUGCCGUUGGACUCACCAUUGACUCAGCUGAUGCCCUAAGUGGACCACCGCCCUUGGCUUCCAACCUGUGUUAUGAAGCUGAGAGUCCCGAUGAAGCAGCCUUGGUGUACGCCGCCAGGGCUUACCACUGCACUUUACGGUCUCGGACCCCAGAGCAGGUCAUGGUGGACUUCCCUGCUUUGGGCUCACUAACAUUUCAACUCUUACACAUCCUUCCCUUUGACUCGGUAAGGAAAAGAAUGUCGGUCGUGGUCCGGCAUCCUCUUUCCAAACAAGUCGUGGUGUAUACAAAGGGUGCUGAUUCUGUGAUCAUGGAGUUGCUGUCAGUGGCUUCCCCAGAUGGAACAAAUCUGGAAAAACACCAGAUGGCAAUAAGAGAGAAAACCCAGAGCCACCUGGAUGAGUAUGCCAAACGAGGGCUGCGCACUUUAUGUAUAGCUAAGAAGGUCAUGAGCGACACUGAAUAUGCAGAGUGGCUGAGGAAUCACUUUUUAGCUGAGACCAGCAUUGACAACAGGGAAGAAUUGCUGGUUGAAUCUGCCAUGAGACUAGAGAACAAACUCACAUUACUUGGUGCUACCGGCAUUGAAGACCGUCUGCAGGAGGGAGUCCCCGAGUCUAUAGAAGCCCUUCACAAAGCUGGCAUCAAGAUCUGGAUGCUGACAGGGGACAAGCAGGAGACAGCUAUCAACAUAGCUUAUGCAUGCAAACUCCUGGAGCCAGAUGACAAGCUCUUCAUCCUCAACACACAGAGUAAAGGUGCCUGUGAGAUGCUGAUGAGCGCAAUUCUGGACGAACUGCAGAAGAGAACUCAGGCCUCUCCCGAGCCGGCAUCACUAAGAAAGGACUUCUGUCAGUCUCCUGACCGCCAGGGCUCUGGACGUGCUGGGCUCAUUAUCACAGGGAAAACCCUGGAGUUUGCCCUGCAGGAGAGUCUGCAAAGGCAGUUCCUGGAGCUGACUGCAUGGUGCCAAGCUGUGGUCUGCUGCCGAGCCACGCCCCUGCAAAAAAGUGAGGUGGUGAAAUUGGUUCGGAACCAUCUCCACGUGAUGACCCUGGCCAUUGGUGAUGGCGCUAAUGAUGUUAGCAUGAUCCAAGUGGCCGACAUUGGGAUAGGUGUCUCAGGUCAAGAAGGCAUGCAGGCCGUGAUGGCCAGUGACUUUGCCAUCUCUCAGUUCAGGCAUCUCAGCAAGCUCCUUCUUGUGCAUGGGCACUGGUGUUACGCACGACUCUCCAACAUGAUUCUCUAUUUUUUCUACAAGAAUGUGGCCUACGUGAACCUCCUCUUCUGGUACCAGUUCUUCUGUGGGUUUUCAGGCACAUCUAUGACUAACUGUUGGGUUCUGAUCUUCUUCAACCUCCUCUUCACAUCUGUGCCCCCCAUCAUUUAUGGCGUGUUGGAGAAAGACGUAUCUGCGGAGACCCUCCUGCAGCUCCCUGAACUUUACCAGAGUGGUCAGCACUCGGAGGCGUACUCACCUCUCACCUUCUGGAUCACCUUGUUGGAUGCCUUCUAUCAAAGUCUAGUCUGCUUUUUUGUGCCUUACUUUACCUACCAGGGCUCUGACAUUGACAUCUUUACAUUUGGGAAUCCCCUCAACACGGCAGCUCUGUUCAUCAUUCUCCUCCACCUGGUGAUAGAAAGCAAGAGUCUGACUUGGAUCCACGUGCUGGUCAUGGUUGGGAGCAUCUUGUCCUACUUUUUCUUUGCCUUGGCUUUUGGAGCCUUGUGUGUAACUUGCAACCCACCAUCCAACCCCUACUGGAUUAUGCAGAAGCACAUGCUGGACCCAGUGUUCUACUUAGUUUGUGUUCUUACAACCUGUGUAGCACUUCUGCCUAGGUUUCUAUACCGAGUUCUUCAGGGAUCCGUGUUCCCAUCUCCAGUUCUGAGAGCCGCGUACUUGGACAGACUAGCUCCAGAGGAGAGGGCAGAAGCUCUCAAGAAAUGGAGAGGGACUGCAAAGAUCACCCAAGUGGCAUCUAAGUAUGCCAGCCAAUCAGCUGCUGAGUCAGGAAGACCCAGGCCUGACCCUUCGGCUGCCCUUCCCAUGAAGUCAGCAGCAGCCUGUGCUGUUGAGCAAGAAGACUUCCCUACAUGUGAGACUGUGCUAGACGUUGGCUACUCUGAACCAGGCGUCUCAAAGGUGACUGAGCUCAGCAUGUUAAGAACACAAGAUACCCAGCCUAGAGUUGCAGGUAAUCUUUCACACUUGUAAGGAUUCAGAGGACAUGUCUCUCAACAGUGAGGAUCGGAUCACUGGUGUUUUUGUGCAAGGGGAUAUCGGCAUUUUACUAGGCAUGGAAAAGCCAGUACCGUGUCUGCAGUCAUAUACCUGUGUGCACAUUUGUAAGCAAGGGAUAGUGUCUGACCUCAGCAGAAUGCAAGAAGGGGAAAUAUUUAAUUCAGGAUCACAUGUUGCUUUAAUGAAAGUUUUUAGGCUUUGUAAAGGAAUUUUAAUUGUCUUAUAAGUGCAAGCCUUAUCUAGUGAAUUCAUUUGAAAUAUACUUAUUUUAUAGGUCACUCUCAUGCAUUUGGAGAAUGCUUUAAGUGAGAGCCAUCAUGAAUUUUAAUUUAAGAUACAAAAAGUACUUUUAAGACUAGUUCAUUAUAUAGCUGGAUGGUGACACACAUCUUUGAUCCCAGCUCUUGGAAGGCAGAGGCAGGCCAAUCUCCGAGUUCAAGGCCAGCCUAAACUACAGAGCUAUUACUUCCAGAACAGCCAAGGCUGUUACUCAGAGAAACCCUGUCUCAAAAAACCAAAACUAACCAACCAAACAAAAAAACCUGCUUUAUUAGGAAAACCCAUUAAUUUAAAGACAAUUUCCUAAGACCUUUUGUUUUCUUUGAGAAGCAGCCUUUGGUCCCCAGCUAAAGGUGUUUAGCAGCCCCCUCUGCUCAGCUCAGUCCGGUGCUGAAGCAGAGCCUUCGUAGGGAAGGGAAAGAAGAGGUCAAGUGUUUCCAACAGCACCAAGCUCCCUUCUGCUCUUUCCACUGCUAAGAGAAGACAUGUGAGCGCCCCAUGUGCAGGUGUUGUCAAUCAGGAAACACAAUCAGCAGAGCCUACAGACUGUGAGCAACUUCCCAAGUUCCAAAACUGAUGAUCCCCACACCAGCAUGAGACAAUCAUCUUCAAAACAGUCUCCCAGAGACCCUCUGAGAGUUCAUCAUUCUAACAGUGCUCAGCAACUUGACUGCAUUGUAGCCUCUACAGAAUGAGAUGCGAGUUGACACUGAUACAGGUUAUGCUCAGUGGCAGUUCCAAGGCUCUUAGACAAUUAACAUAUUUAAGAGUAGAAAUGUCUCAUCUGGGCGUUGGUGGCGCACGCCUCUAAUCCCACACUCAGGAGGUGGAUCUCUGUGAGUUUGAGGCAAGCCUGGUCUACAGAGCGAGUUCCAGGACAGCCUCCAAAACAAUACCGAGAAAGCCUGUCUCGAAAAACCAAAAAAAAAAAAAAAAGAGUAGAAAUGUCUGUAGCAAGUUUUCUGCUGUGACAAAUCAUGGAUGCUGGCUUCAUUUAGUACUUAGUUUACACCAGGUGAGUGUAAAUAUGCCACUGUGAGGUCACAUGCUCUUGUUGAAGUCUUUCAAAACUUCUGUAUUCAUCUGAAAGCUGUUCGACUACCAGUCAUGUGGAAUUCCCUUCAUGAAUCUCUAUGCUAAAAGUCAGUGUCUACAGCAAAGUUAUUCUCAGGGCCUACUCAUUGCCUGCUUGUACUGUCCUUGUCAAUUUCUGUACCUUCUUGUUAGUGUUAAAUGGUCUUUUUUAUAUAGACUGAUUUUGGAACUAUGACACUGUCACGUGACUAAAGGAAGUUGCCUUCUACUUCCCUAACAUUUUUUAAAAAUAAAUUAUUUAAUAAAUAAUGUUGAUUGAAA